AUGGAUCCGACCCCCGCAGUGCCCCCUGCCCCCAUGGUGGGCUUCCUCUGGAUGCUGGUCCUGGGCUUCAUCAUCGCCUUCGUCCUGGCCUUCUCCGUCGGCGCUAAUGAUGUGGCCAACUCCUUUGGCACGGCAGUGGGGUCGGGGGUGGCGAACCUGAUGGCUGGUUCGAUCAGUGCCAUGUUUGGAUCUGCUGUGUGGCAGCUAGUAGCUUCGUUCUUGAAGCUCCCCAUUUCUGGUACCCACUGCAUCGUUGGAGCAACCAUCGGCUUUUCGCUGGUGGCCAAAGGGCAAGAAGGUGUCAAGUGGUCCGAGCUGCUAAAGAUCGUGUUGUCCUGGUUCAUCUCACCCCUCCUUUCGGGUAUCAUGUCUGCUAUCCUGUUCUUCCUCGUCAGGAGGUUCAUCCUCCGUAAGGCAGAUCCCGUUCCCAACGGCUUGCGAGCUUUGCCCAUCUUCUAUGCCUGUACUGUGGGGAUCAACCUUUUCUCCAUCAUGUAUACUGGUGCACCUUUGCUGGGCUUUGACAAACUUCCUCUGUGGGGUAUCCUCCUAAUUUCGGCGGGGAGUGCUGUUGUCUGUGCUCUCGUCGUCUGGUUCUUUGUAUGUCCGAGAAUGAAGAAGAAAAUUGAACGAGAGAUCAAAUCCAGUCCUUCUGAAAGCCCCUUGAUGGAGAAGAACAUCAGCCCGAAGGAGGACCACGAGGAGCCCAAAGUGCCCCUGGGUGAUGCCAAGAGCCCCGUUGCUGAUGUGGGGUCGGCUGUGCCCCACCGGGCAGCGGUGGAGGAGAGGACGGUCUCCUUCAACCUGGGGGACCUGGAGGAGGCCCCGGAGCAGGAGAGGGUCCCCAGUCUUGACCUGAAGGAAACCAGUAUUGACAGUGGAGCUGUGCGGUUGCCCAACGGCAACCUUGUCCAGUUCAACCACGCUGUGGGCCACCAGAUGAGCUCCAGCGGGCAGUACCAGUACCACACCGUGCACAAGGACUCCGGCCUCUACAAGGAGCUGCUGCAUAAACUGCACCUGGCCAAGAUGGGGGACUGCAUGGGGGACUCAGGGGACAAACCCUUGCGGCGCAACAACAGCUACACCUCCUACACCAUGGCCAUCUGUGGCAUGCCCCUAGACUCCUUCCGUGCCAAGGAGGGGGAGGAGAUGGAGAAGCUGACCUGGCCUGUGGCGGACACCAAGAAGAGGGUCCGCAUGGACAGCUAUACCAGCUACUGCAACGCAGUGGCAGAUGCCCACCCAGCUGCUGACGUGGAUCUGAACACGGCCCAGGUGGAGAUGGGAGUUGGUGACCGCAAGGGCAGCAGUAGCUCCCUGGAAGAAUGGCAUGACCAGGACAAACCCGAGGUGUCCCUCCUCUUCCAGUUCCUGCAGAUCCUCACAGCCUGCUUUGGCUCCUUCGCUCAUGGUGGCAAUGAUGUCAGCAAUGCCAUAGGGCCCCUGGUCGCACUCUACUUGGUCUAUCAGACGGGUGAUGUGGCUACCAAGGUGGCAACUCCCAUUUGGCUGCUGCUCUAUGGAGGUGUGGGGAUUUGCAUUGGCUUGUGGGUCUGGGGAAGGAGAGUCAUCCAGACAAUGGGGAAGGACCUGACUCCCAUCACACCAUCAAGUGGCUUCAGCAUUGAGCUGGCGUCUGCCCUGACGGUGGUGAUUGCCUCCAAUGUUGGCCUCCCCAUCAGCACAACCCACUGCAAGGUGGGCUCCGUGGUCUCGGUGGGCUGGCUGCGCUCCAGGAAGGCGGUGGACUGGCGCCUCUUCCGCAACAUCUUCAUGGCCUGGUUCGUCACCGUCCCCAUCUCGGGUCUCAUCAGCGCUGCCAUCAUGGCUGUCUUCAAGUAUGCCAUCCUGAAGGUGUGA